UCAUUUGUCUGAUGAGUCUGAUUGAUCUGUCGAUUCUAUUCUGUUCUUCCCGCUAUUUGACGUUUCUGUAUCUCUUCUUGGAAGCAUAUAACACCACGAGUGGUUAUGUUUGGUUAGUUGGUGUUCAAUGUAGGACCCAAAUGCAUUCCAAUUGUUCGAUGGAAGUCCUCUGAGACCGGAACUGAAGUCUUUUACUUCUCAUUUCUUGUCUUCCACUGGUUCUAGCAAAAACAGAUUUUGGGUUUUUCUUGGAAGUGUAAAACGUACCCGCUUUUGAGGUGGAAUUGAUGUGGUUAAUGGGGGAGAGUACUCAUGGGGUGCUAGCAAGCUAAGUAGAAAACAUACCUGUUGAAUGCGAUUGGCCCGAGUGUUUAGUUAACGAACAAACAGAUUUCAACUUGAACAAGCCCAUUUUAGCUGUGCCCGCACACGCACACAGAGAAUAAAUAUAAUUUAUUCUCAAUCCGGUUCAUCUGGUUGUGAUAAAGCAUGAGACACCGGAAGAGUGCUAAAAAUGUGGAUGACAAAGAUAAGAUUGAAAGUCCGAAUGCGUCUGACCGAGAGAAAGUGACUACCUCAAGUUCUAAUCCAAAGUUUUCAUCAAGGAGGGUUUUUGUUAUUUGCAUGGCUAUGCGUAUGGCAAAUUCUUUAUUGGUGCAGACAUAUUUUAACCCAGAUGAACAUUGGCAAGCCUUAGAAGUCGCUCAUCGGAUUGCAUUUGGAUAUGGACAUUUGACAUGGGAAUGGGAAAGGGGGAUUCGUAGCUAUCUGCAUCCCAUGAUGUUUUCUUGUCUUUACAAAGUUCUUGCCUUAUUUCAUCUUGAUACCCCAUUAUUCAUGAUUAAAGCUCCAAGGAUGCUGCAGUCUAUGUUCUCUGCAGUUGGUGAUCUUUACUUGUACAAGCUCUCUCAUGUACUCUUUGGUGGCCGUGCCGCGCAAUGGGCACUCUUUUCGCAGUUGACAAACUGGUUUAUGUUUUACUGUUUCACUCGUACUCUAUCCAACAGUUUGGAGACAGUUCUUACACUUGUGGGGCUUUACCACUGGCCCUGUAUAAGAGCUUCUUCAAGUGAAGUUCACUCAGUUUCAAGAAAGUGGGGUUUGCUUGCUGCAGCAUUAGCAUGUGCAAUUCGACCAACAAGUGCUAUUACAUGGGCUUAUGUUGGCAUUUUAGAGUUGCUUGUGACGCGUGAUAGACUGAACUUCAUUUUUCUUGAGGUGGCCCCUAUUGGGUUUCUGGUGAUCACACUUACAUGUUUAUUGGAUCGUUUGAUGUACGGCUCAUGGGUCCUUGUGCCGCUUAACUUUUUGAAGUUCAACUUUCUUUCAUCUGGCGGAGACUAUUACGGAACUCACAAGUGGCACUGGUACUUCUCUCAGGGAUUUCCGGUUAUGCUCUUCACUUUCCUACCAUUUUCCAUAGCUGGCAUUAUUACGUCUAAACAGCGGAAGCUUUCUGGGCUUAUUGCAUGGGUUCUAGGACUUUAUAGUGUCCUAGGUCACAAAGAAUUCAGGUUUGUCCUUCCUGUGCUUCCAAUAGCUCUUAUGUUCUCUGGGUACUCAUUAGCAACAAUUGGAAAGCCAGACUCAUCAUAUGGUAGAACAAAAGACUCUAUAAGAAUUAAAACAAAGUGCCCCUCAAAAAAGCUUUUAGCGGUCCUGUUUCUGCUAGCUACCAAUCUUCCAAUGGCGUUUUAUAUGAGUUUGGUUCAUCAGAGAGGAGCUGAAGAUGUUAUGAAUUAUCUAUCUAAAGAGGCUCUUAAUGGGAAAGUUGAAAGUAUAGUUUUCUUGACACCUUGCCAUGCCUUACCUUAUUACUCUACCCUGCAUCACAACCUUCCCAUGCAAUUUUUGGACUGCUCGCCCAGCGAAGAGAAAGGAGUUUUAGAUGAGUCAGACAGAUUCAUGAUGGAUCCAGUUGGUUUUGCAGCAGAGUUUGCAAAGAAUUGGUCUUUACCUAGUCAUAUUGUUCUAUUUGAUUCACAAGAAAAACUACUUAAGGACUUUUUGACAUCUCAUUCUUUUCAAGAGGAAAGAAGGUUUUUCCAUGCUCACUUCAAGGUUGACCGAGAUCUUCAAGCAUCCGUGGUUAUAUAUUCUUUAAAAGACCAGUAACUCUUAGUCCAUAACAAGUGCAUAUCUGGUCUUCAUAACUUGGUACACGUGUUUCUUUUCAGUUGGAUGCUUCGUCAUUGUUGCUAUUGCACUACGUUUUUGUGGAACAUGCUCCUUUAUUUGUUUGAAAGUUGACUUAUCAGUAUGCGGAUUCAUUUUUGUUUGAUA